AUGCCGCGCGCGCGGGCGCGUUCGCCGUUUUCGAGGUCGACCAGCUUUACCAACUCGCAGAUGCCCAGAGCAGCCGCGCUCACCAAGGAAGCCAAGCUCGCCAACGCCUGGUCGAGCGUCGACAAGGCGCUCGCCGGCACGCCGUGGACGAGCCGCGACGCUUUGCCCCACAAGCUGCCCGUCGGCGCGAGCGAGCCCAUGGUCAAGAUGCUCGCCACCGCCAUCCGCAUCGCCAAGGGCCUGGACGAGCACGGCGUCCAGCAGCUCGAUCCGCCGCCGUCGGCGGUUCAGGUCGCCGAGCGUUGGACUCGGUUCGCGCGCGACGCCAGCAGGGGCUCUCGCUGUCCAAAGUGGACGUCGACCGACCUCAAGAUGGCGCUCGCUCAAGCGAGGAAGGACCAGCGAGCGGGCAACGUGGCUCCCGCGCUCGCCAAGACGGACGAGGGGCUCGCCGGCGACAUCGCAAGCCUGCAGACGGGCUUCCAUUCGCUCCAGCAGGCGGUCGCCCAGCUCGCUGACUCCGUCCGCCUGCUCCCGGACGUCGUCGAGGCGCGCCAGGACGAGGCGCGCUGCAACGAGGCGCGCCGCAAGGAGUACCGCGCGUCGCGUGCGAGCGAGUUUCACUUUAGUCCCGACGUCGACCGCAAGGUGGCCAUGUUUGAGCCGCAGGCCGCAGGGCCGUCGAAGUGA